AAUACCCCACUCUACCACCUGUAACUGAUUGUCUGCUGGGAAAGACUAAAGUGAUUUUUUAAGUUUGAACAGGAUGUGAAAAGAGUCCAAGUAAAGCCAGGUCACGAGUCUGAGUGUUAGUUAUAAAUAGAUGAUCUACAAGACUGAUAAAUACAGUAACUAGAAUCUAGUCCAUGAUAGAGAUCUAACAUUGGACAUUGGAUCCUUGUAAGGAGAACAGGAUGUGAUCUUGGACUAGAUCUAGAAUAUUUAACUAGAUUCUAGCCUAUAUCUAGAUCUAUAAUUACUUGGAGUCCAUGUGAAUAGAUGAAGGCCACUGCUAGUUAAGGUUAAGUAGCCUAGUUGGGGGUAUUUACAUCAAGAUCUAUAUAGGUAUAGGGCCUAUAUACACAUGAUUUCAUUGUCAUUUCUGCUGUGUUUUAUUUCCAAGUUGGACUGACAUUUUUAGCUGAGUUAGUUUGGCUUUCUCUGUUGUGAAAUUUUUCCGUCUGAGUCUUCCAAACGAGAAAGACAAAGAGUGUCACAUCAUCAUGGCUAUCCCGUUGAAUGCUGUUCAAACGGACGUGGACCGGCUGAUUGAUUUGUUUCUCUCCCCUGAUUUCAAUCCAGAGACCAUUGAUUUAAGUAGUUAUGGGACUGAUGAAGGAUUCGGCUACGAGGCUGAGGCUGGAGAAGAGGUUGCGGAUGGGGAGCUGGAAGGGGGAGAUUGGAGACACGAUGAGUUUUUCCUCAAGAGAUGUGGCAGAACAUUGUCCAAACUGGGCGAUGAAUUUCAACGUUCAAGACCUGCGGCUCAAGCUGGUCCAGCUACAUCUAGUCCAAUAGAUCAAAUGAAAGAAGCCUUGGAGAAAGCAGUACAAGCGUCUGAAACAGAGGGCUCGAACACACAACCAUCUAAAGAAACAAAGGAGAGAGCCUGGGCCAUAUUUAAAGGGGUGAUGGAGAACGCUGUGUCUGACACUGUUUUCAAAGAUGCCUACCAAGAACUCGGUGCUUUCCUGAUGGCCAUUCGCGGAGUUCGACUAAUGGGGGAGGGAGUGCGGGACCUGGCAAGGGAUCUUUCUUUGCGCUACAUUCGUGACAGACAGCUGGACCAAAGCAUUCAGCGGAUGGGAGGAAUGGAGGCCCUGAUGGCUCAUGAACUGGACUGAACUAUGGCAAGCAAUAUAUUUAUAUAUAUAUAUGUAGAUGUAUAUAUGUCUGUAUGGUCUUGAAAUUUAUGUUUAAAAGUCUCUGAUUUUUUUUCCAAGCAUACAUGACAAAUUAGUGUGUGUUUUACCACAUUGAAGAAGACAAAUAGCUCAUGCAAAGAAAAAGGAUAACGACCAAGUCAUGCCAUUAACUCUUUUGUUACAAGGCGGCUGGCUCAUUUGUGUCCGUAGAGUUAAUUACUUGCCGGCAGUCUCCUACUAUAAGACUGCAAAAUUUAACUGCAAUGAUGUGUUUCACUUUUAAGUCAUUUUUUAAAACUUUAAAAAAGUGUUUGUUGUGGGUUUUAAAAAAAAACACAUGCUGGCAGCCCUAUAGUAAAUAUCAAAUGACAUGAAUCACUUCAUGAUACUAUUUAUAAGGUGUUUUUAGACUUUAAGUUUCUACCUGUCACAUUAUUUUUACCUAUCAUUCGAGUGGUAAAAAAAGCUGAAGGAUUCACUUCUUUUACCCACUCACCCACGUUGUUGAGAGGUAGGCCUACAAAGUGGCACUGUGUUCACAUACUCACCUUUGUGGUCUUAUUGACGGAAUGUUGAAAUGUUGAGGGUUUACUGAAUGGCUGUGCUGUAGGGGUCUGCUGUUUUGUCAGCACAUGCAAAAGAGUUCGAUUUCAGUAUUGGGAGGUUUUUUUAAAGACUAUCUGUUGGUGUGCUGGGACAUUAUAUUCCUUUAGCUUUUGGUGAAAAAAAGUAGUUCUGAUGGGGAGGGUUGAAACAGCCGGAUUUUCGUAUUUCUAAUUUCUGAAUGAUCUAAGUUGUUUCCCGGGGGGGGGGGGGGGGGGGGGGGGGGUAAAAACGUCACAAUUACCGUUUAGUGUUGAAAAUUUAUUACAUUUGUUGGGAUUUAGUGUGGGGCAAACAUAAACGUUGAGGAAAUAUUUUCUUCUUUCGUGAUUGCCUAGUAGACAUUAGUGGAUAUCUUGAGGAUAGUUUUCUAUCUUGAUGGCACAAUUUCUUGUACUUAUUACAUAUAAGUGGACUGUUUAAUUUAGUACCAGAUGUUGUCACCUGAAUGGUGAAUCUUGGAAUGUUACUGAUUUGGUUUCAGAGAACGGCUUCUGUAUCUUGUCAAUGAGGAGGAAGGAGGAGAUUUUUUUUCCCAAGUGGUCAAAACUGAUGAAACAAAUUUUCGUGGUGCAAAAACUACAUUCCAUUGGAGAAAAAAAACAA